GAAAGGAAGCAAAAAGGGAGGGAUAGAGGAAAAGAAUAGAAGGGUAGAGUCUCUUAUUCCUAGGAGCGACUGUGACAGCUCUCGUGGAAGGGGCUUUGGAACUAGUGCCUUGUGGGAAAGCAAACAAUAGUGAAUGUCUCUUCAUGCUUUCAGGGGCUGUGAGAAGAAGCGGGCUGGAUAGUCAAGCACAGCAAUCACUGAGAGCUGCACUGCGCAAAAAUGGGAGCUGAUGUGUCAAUGGAGAUUUUUUAGUUGCUUGGAUUUUGGAAGGGGGAUUUCUGGAUUCCUGGAGUUAGAAAUCUAAGAGGAUAAAGAUUUUGGCUUGUGAGUCUUUCCUUGGAACAAAAGGAAGGCAGAUGUGACUACAGGUGGAGCCCAUGGCAUCCCCACAGUCCCUUACCCCACAGCCUACAGAGUCUGUGCCCACUGGAGUGGCUCAGACACCCCAGCAAGAGGAAGAGGAGGAUGACGAAGAUGAGGAGCUGGGUGAGAAGUUUCAGUUUGAUGAUAGUGAGGAAGAAGAACAGGAAGCAGCUGGAAAUUCUGUUGAAAAUAAGGCUUUAGGAGUUUCCCCAGCUGGAGCCGAGCCUUCGCAGGGUCCCGGAGGUGUCAUCAUGGCCUCAAAUCCAGUUUACAGUCAAGCACUGAAGCGUGUCUCAGCCAGUCACGGUCAGGAAAUAAAUGGAGGGACCUCUGCUGGUCAGGAGUACCGAACCAUUCCUUCACACAUAACAAGCCCAGAUUUGGUAGCCAGACAGUCUCCAGAUGGGAGUUCUGUUUCCACUGAGCCUAGGGUCACUGAGGAGAUGAAAAGUAUGUGGAAGAGAAACACCAUAUAUGAAGGAAAACCUGUUAUUGAAACAGAGGAGAAUGUGCCCUCAUCUACAUCAGAGGUGAACCUAGCUCCGCCCACUCGCUUAGAGGUGAUUUAUGAUGACGUCCCAUGUGAGACCAUCCCCUCUCCUGGUGCAGGUGAUGAUACGAUCUAUGAGGAUGUGCGGAGGCCUGAUGAGUCAGCGGGAAUGUUGGACAAUGGCUGGAGCUCCAGUGAGUUUGAGAGUUAUGACGAGCAGUCAGACACCGAGAUCAAGCAGCCAACUCGCAGCAAGAUUUCGCCGGAUGUACGGCGCCUAAAGGAGCGUUGUGUUCGGACCAAACGUGAGCUGGCCAUGCGGUUAGGGGCUCCAGACGUCAGCCAGAUCAAACAGACCUAUGACUUCAAGGUUCAACAGCUCAUGAAAGCUGCCCGGAAUGGCACUAAAGAUGGCCUGGAAAAGACGAAAAUAGCCAUGAUGCGCAAAGUCUCUUUCCUGAGCAAGAAAGAAAACACAGAUGACACAGAAGAUGAUUCUGGUUACCUGGAUGUGACUGUUUCUGAUGCGAAGCACCCACCACCACAGCUGUGUCCCAUGCCAGAUGGCCUCAGUAACCAACAGAUUGUAAGGCGUCAUAUUCUUGGCUCUAUUGUUCAGAGUGAGAUAAGCUACUUUGACUCCCUCAAAAGAAUCCUGCAAGAGUACCAGACGCCUUUACUGGAUGCAGAGCCACGAAUCCUGAGCCCUAAGAAAAUCCAACCCAUUUUCUACCGGCUCAAAGAGAUCCUGCAGUGCCAUGCCAUGUUCCAGAUUGCACUGGCCUCCCGUGUGGCUGAGUGGGAUCGCACAGAGACCAUCGGGGACCUCUUUGUCGCCUCUUUCUCAAAGUCAAUGGUGCUAGAUGUAUACAGUGAUUAUGUCAACAACUUCACCAACGCAAUGGCUCUUAUCAAGAAGGCUUGUAUGUCAAAGCCAGCAUUUCUGGAGUUUCUUAAGAAGAAGCAAGCCGCCAGCGCAGACAGGAUCACCCUGUAUGGCCUCAUGGUCAAACCGAUCCAGCGCUUCCCACAGUUUAUACUCCUCCUGCAGGACAUGCUGAAGAACACUCCGGCGGGGCACCGUGACCGACUGCCACUGCAGCUGGCUCUGACUGAGCUGGAGACAUUGGCAGAAAAGCUGAAUGAGCAGAAGCGUUUGGCUGAGCAGCUCUCUGAGAUCCAGCAGCUAGCGCGCAGCAACAGCGACCGGGCCCUCAGCAAGCAACUAAACUCAGAUCAGAAGCAGCUGAUUUUGUGUGAAACACUGAUCGAGACUGUAUAUGGCGAGAAGGGGCAAGUUCUCAAGUCCAAGGAGCGCAAAGUCUUUCUCCUCAAUGACAUGCUCGUCUGUGCAAACAUCAAUCUCAAGGGCCCUCCGGAUAUAAGCAGCCUGGUCCCUAUCGGUCCAAAGUACACGGUGAAGUGGAGUGCUCCUCUGCAGCAGGUUCAGGUGGUGGAGGUGGGCCAGGAGAACCCUCAGAACAAUGACAGUGUUUUUCAGCCUAGUGGAACCAAACGCCUCAGCUCUGUCAACUCACAAGGGAAGCUGUUUCUGGGGCCGCCAAGGCUGUAUCAGGAGCUGCAGGAACUGCAGCAUGACCUCUCGGUGGUGGAGGAGGUCACACUGCUAGUGGGCACUCUACAGGGAUCCUAUCAGAAUCUUAACACCACGGUGGGGCAGGACUGGUGCCUGGCACUGCAGAGGCUCAUCCGCAUCAAAGAGGACGACAUCCAGUGUGCCAACAAGUGCCGUCUACGGCUCAUGCUGCCUGGCAAGCCUGACAAGUCCGGCCGUCCAGUCAGUUUCACAGUGGUUUUUAAUACUCCCAGCCCAAUCAGUAAAAUUUCAUGGGUCAAUCGCUUGCAUCUGGCUAAGAUUGCUCAAAGGGAGGAGAACUUGCCCGGCUGGGUUUGUGCUGAGGAUGAUGAGAAGACUAAGCCUCCAUUCUGGUGCCCAUUACUGGCCUGUCGUGUGCCUGUGUUCUCUCCGAAAGCACAAGAUCAGAAGCUACAGAUGGCCCUUCACAACCCAGUCCAUUGUGCUCUGCUGGGUUUCUCUGCAGCUAGUACCUCUUUGCCUCAAGGCUAUCUCUGGGUGGCUAGUGGUGGAGACGACACCCAUGGGCAGGUGGAGAUUUUCUCGCUGAAUAGAUCCACUCCACGCUCAGUGAAGAGCUUCCCUCUAGGCUCUCCAGUGCUGAGCUUUGAGUAUGUGACAGAACCCAGCACUGCUGAAGAAGAUGAAGGACAGGCUGCUGAAGGACCUGCCAGGAUUGGAAACACCAUCUGUGUUGGGUUACAAGAUGGCAAUAUCCUAGUGUAUGGCAGUGUGGACACUGCUGCCCAGUGCCUCUUGACCUUCCGUAAUCCUGAGGGUUGUCCUGUUCUGUGCCUGAAACACUCUGCAAACUUUCUCUUUGCUGGGCUGACUAACGGAAAAGUUGCGGUUUACAGCAGAAAGAGUGGAGAGGCAUUGUGGGAUCCAGACUCCAGUAGACUGGUUGUGGUUGGAUAUGCGCCUGUGCUCAAACUCCUCAAGAUAGAUGACUGCGUGUGGGCUAGCUGUGCAAACCAAGUCGCUGUCAUUGAGGGUGCAAGUCUAAACACGCAGAGCUUUGAAGCUCACCCAGACCCAAUGGUGAGUGUGACGCAUAUGGUGCGUGCGGGGGGAGGGGUGUGGAUGGCAUUCUCAGAGGGCUCCUCUCUUCGCCUGUUCCACACUGAGACUUUGGAGCACCUGCAAGAGAUCAACAUCUCAACACGCUCUGCCUACCUGAGUCCAGGUCAAAAGACUGUGUGUGUCACCAGCCUGCUUAUAUGCCAGGGCCUGUUGUGGGUUGGCACUGCCCAGGGCAUCAUUGUCACCCUGCCAGUGCCCAAACUGGAGGGCAUCCCUAAAAUAACAGGUAAAGUUAUGACCUCAUUGAAUGCUUACAAUGGCCCGGUGGACUUCCUGGUGGCCACCUGCAGCACUUUGUCCCCAGACUUGUUGAAGAGAGACUCUCUGGUUGAUGGGAUGGACUUAAGCAGCGGAGGAGAGGACAAGGAGAGGAGCCACUCAUCCCAGGAGUCCCUGAAAGAGCAGCAGGAGGAGGGAUCUCCCCAGAGGGAGGCCAAACCCAAAGGUGUUUUGUUACAAUACCGACUGCGCUCCACCUCCCAGCUACCCGGGAAACUCCUUAGCGCUCGGCCUGAGGAAGCCUCUGAUUCCUCCCAGGAGUCUCUGGAACACACUUUGGAGGAUGGCUCAAUCUACGAGCUGAGCGACGAUCCUGAAGUUUGGGUCAGAGGCCCAGGGCCAUCCACCAAAGAGGGAACACGCAGAGAGAGGGUGGUGUCAGCUGCUGUUAUAUCAGGUGGACGAGGAUUCCGUAGACUCACCGUGGCUGGCUCCGCUUCCUCUGGCGCCAGUGAGAAUACACUCAUGGUCUGGCAGCUUCCACUAACGGUCUGAAACAGUCACGAGUGACAGGCUGAAAGAUGCUGACUUGACACUUAAGAACAGACAGACUAUGUGCUUCCGUUUGUACAUCUUAAGCUGUGUUCCAAAAACUUUCCAGCCACUUUUUUUAGGCAUAGCAGUACACCUCUACUGCUUUGCCUAAAAGCAGUGGAAUAUACUCUGUCCUGUUUUAUUCCAUAGCUCAGACUCAACAGAAAAUACCAGUUUACAGAUACAAAAAAACAAAAACACUCAUUGUUUCAAAAUGUCAAAAAAGAUUGACCCGAAUUAUGUGCCCAAGCUGCAUGAAGUUGUUCUUAUAGAUGGAGUGCAGAAAGUCAUUGUCGUGAGUCUAUUCAAAAGGGUUGUGAUCCAUCUGUUCUCUUGCGUAACGGAAAAAAGGGUAUUUAAUGCAACACCACUGUGGAUGUAAACAGUAGCAGUACAAAGGAAGACAGAAGUAAAUGAUAGAAUUUGUCGGAGUUGUUCUCUUCCAAUUGUCUUUUUUUAUUUUGCUUCGAUCCAGAAUGUGAAAGAGCUGUUCUUAAGAGAGAAAAGGGUUUUGUUUUGACAUAGGUACUUGUUAUUGAUGGUACUUAUUUUACACUGUGUCACUUUGUUUAAAAAAAGAAAAGAAUAAAUCAUGUUUACUACAAUGCAGAAA